AUGAACACAGCCAACGUGUCGCCGCCAGCUCCUCAGCCUCCGCUUCCGGGUAGCGGCUCUCUGUCGGCGUCGUCGUCGUCGUCGGUCGAGCAGCUGGGUGUCCCAGGCGCCGACUCGGUUAUGGUCACCGGUGGCGCCGGCGCCUUCUCAUCGUCCGAUGCUAAAGCGGUCGACGACAUCAGACCGGUGUCCCGCGACCGCUGCAACACGUGGCCGAUGCGACGACCGCAGCUUGAUGUCAAUGCACAGACGAGUCCGUUGAUACAUGAGCAGAUACCAGAGGAGAAUGAAGAGCUCUACGAUAGUGCGGAGAAUUUGAAUAGCAGACUGGGUGGUGACACGUCGGGCGCCUCAACCGAUCUUCUCCACAGCCCCGAUGGUACCAAGUUUUCGCCAAGUCAUUAUACAAGUUGCAUGAAGAAGAGCGAAGAUCGUUCCAGCAGCUGCCACAUGCCGUCGCCGGUGAUGGGCGAGCAGUUGGCGCGAGGUGGCGACAAUGGCGCCGGCGACGGAACGGCCGACGGCGGAGCAGCGGGCGCCGGUAUCUCCAAGAAAUCCACGACACGACGAAAUGCCUGGGGAAAUCUCAGCUAUGCCGAUCUGAUUACACAGGCCAUUAUGCAGAGUCCGGAAAAACGACUGACACUCUCGCAAGUGUACGAAUGGAUGGUUCAGAACGUGCCCUAUUUUCGUGACAAAGGAGAUUCGAACAGUUCAGCUGGUUGGAAAGUCAGUUUCUUCGUACUUUUGGAACAUUGUUUAACCUAG